GAGAGGAGAGAGGAGGAGAGUCCAGGUGUCUGUGAGGAGCAAACAGAAGAAGAGAUAGGAGACAGAGCUGUUAAAAAACGAAAAAACAAAAAGAGGAAAAGAAAAGACGUGAGCGAAGAGAGGGAAGAGGAGGAGAGACAAGUGAAGGAGGAGGAGGAGAGACCAGGAGCAGAGGAACAAGUGAAUGCGGACAUCUCGCCUAAAAAGCAAAAGAACAAAAAGAAAAAGCAGAAAAUAGCCGCUGACAAUAGAGUAGAAGACACACUAGUGAAUGAAAAAGAGGAUAAAACGACAGAAGAGGAAAUGGUGAAAAAGAAGAAAAAGAAGAGGAAGAGGGAAGAGUGCGAGGAGGUGCAGUGUGAUGCGCCGACAGCAGAGGGCGACACUGAGCUGUCCGGAGCAGAUGGAGCUGUGCAGCCUAAAAAGAAAGGCAAAAAAAGACACAAACUGAGUCAACAGAAGAGAAUCAAACUGAAAGAAAAACUCAAGAAUGGAACUGUACCUCCAACCACCAUGAGUAAAGUAUUGGAGCCUGAAAAACCAAAGAAAAAGAAAAGUAAACUGCCCCCAGAGUGUCCAGAGGGGGCGCCAUGUGUGCUCCAGUCAAAGAAAAAGAAGAAGGCUGUUACAGAAGACAUUCACCAGGGGAAGAGCAGCAAGAAAAAAAAUAAAUUACUGAAGGGAGCUGCAGCCGUACAACCAAAAUUUUUUAAGAACAACAAAAAGAAAUUUCCCAAAUGAAAUGGAGGACUGCAUCGCUCUGGAUUAAAAUUGAGGGUGCCUUUCUCAACACUGGUCAAGUUCAGCCUCCGUUUUUUGUGAACAGAUUUUUAAGUCUAAGCUGUGAGUUAUUAUUUCAAGUCUUAUUGUUUUUUAUCUGUUUUUCUGGACAAAAUUUGUAA